GAUGAACUGGGCCUGGCGGACGAGGCGCCAUCACAGUCAGAAAAUUGAGACCAGGCUGAAGGAACUACCCCCUUCACUCCAUGUUGACCUCUCCCUCAGGCUGGCGCCAUGCCCCCUCCUGCAGAGGUGACAGACCCGUCCCAUGCCCCAGCUGUGCUGCACCAACUCAAUGAACAGCGUCUCCGUGGCCUCUUCUGUGACGUCACCCUCAUUGCUGGAGACACCAAAUUCCCUGCUCAUCGAAGCGUCCUGGCUGCCUCCAGCCCCUUCUUCAGAGAGGCCUUGCUAGCUCAAGCUCCAUCACCACUGCCACCUGUGACAAGGGAUCCUGCCCCAAACCCUUCUGCUUCUUCUGCUUCCGCCUCCUCUUCCUCUUCCUCCUCCUCUUCCUCCUCUUCCUCUUCUUCUUCUUCCUCUUCCUUUUCCUCUUCUUCUUCCUCCUCCUCUCCACCUCCACCAUCCUCCUCCCCUACAGCUUCACACCCACCCCGGGUUCUAGAAUUGCCAGGAGUCCCAGCAGCCGCCUUCUCCGACGUCCUCAAUUUCAUUUACAGUGCCCGACUGGCGCUGCCUGGAGGUGGUGGGGACGGGGCAGCUAUGGCAGAAAUUGGGGCUUUGGGACGGCGCCUAGGGAUCUCACGACUUCAGGGACUCAGUGAAAAUGGGGAUGCUUGGGUUCCUCCUGCUCCACCACCCCCAGCUCCACCUGAGAUUAAUAGUUUUGCCACUGGUCCUUCAAAGGAGUGGCAGGGGAGUGGAAGUGAAGUCCCUACAUCACAGACUUCCCUUCCCCGGCGGUCUCUUCCCUGCCCUCGCUGUGGGAAAAAUUUUAUCCAUGCUAAACGGCUGCAGACACAUGAAGCCCAGUGUAGGCGAGGGACAGGGGCUCGGGGAACAGCAGGUGGGCAAGGGGAUGGAGGCUCCCAGGAAGAGAGCCCAGAAACAAUCCGAAAUUCAUCUGCUUCCUCCAGCACAAGUUUUCGAGGGGGUCCAGAGCAUGUGGUGAAGGUAGUGGGUGGUCAUGUGUUGUAUGUCUGUGGGGCUUGUGAACGCUCCUAUGUGACACUCUCAAGUCUGAAGCGGCAUAGUAAUGUGCACUCAUGGAGGAGGAAAUAUCCCUGCCGCUACUGUGAAAAGGUGUUUGCCCUGGCUGAAUAUCGGACCAAGCAUGAGGUGUGGCACACAGGUGAACGGAGGUACCAGUGUAUCUUCUGCUGGGAGACAUUUGUCACCUAUUACAACUUGAAGACUCACCAGCGAGCUUUUCAUGGUAUCAGCCCAGGCCUCUUGGCCAGUGAGAAGACCCCCAAUGGUGGCUACAAACCCAAGCUGAAUACUCUCAAGCUAUAUCGCCUUCUCCCCAUGCGGUCUGCCAAGCGACCCUACAAAACUUAUAGCCAAGGAGCACCCUCUACCCCUGCUUCUGCCCCUUUGUCACCAGAACCCACUCCAUCUGCAUCGGCUAUCCCCCCCAUCCUCCCCACAACACCCCCACCCCCACCUGUCCCUCCUCCACCUCCCACCCCUGCCCCCCUACCUUCUGUCAUUGCCUUUGCCCAUCCAGCCCCUUCAGUAAUUGUACAUGGGGGCAGCAGCACAGGAAGUAGCACGACUGGCACAACUGGAGCUCAGGCUGCCUCAGUGAUUGCCUAUACAGCUCCGCCAAGGCCUCCUAAGAAACGUGAAUACCAUCCCCCUCCACCCCAGCCAGCAGUAGCGGUGGUCACAGCAACACCAUCCACCCCAGCUACAACCACACCAGGGGCUACUGCAGAAGAGAACAAGGGUAGGAAUCUCCGGGCAGGAAAGACUCUGACAUACACAGCCAAACCAGCUGGUGGGGGGGGGAUGGGACCUUCUGGGGGGCUCAACUGGGGUGGAGACUCUUCCCAACCCCAGCCCCCACCACCACUGUGCCAGAUCACAGUUCGAAUAGGUGAGGAAGCUAUUGUCACUCGAAGAAUUUCUGAAACUGACCUCCAUCCUGGAGAAGCUAGUGGCCUUGAAGAAGGAGAGGACAGUGAAGAGGAGGAGGAGGAGGAAGAGGAGGAAGAAGAGGAGGAAGAAGAGACUGAGGCUGGGAGUGAGGACCAACUCUGGCGGCCAUACUAUUCCUAUAAACCUAAACGGAAAUUGGUUGGCACUGGUGGGGGGAGUAGCGGGACCAGCAGCAGUAGUGGGACCUCCAAAUGCCGCCGCUCUCGAUGGAGAAGGAAGUUUGAAAGACGAGCCUGGGAGGAGUCCAGAUCCACUGAAAGCCCCUCUGAACAGACCAGCAGUGAGUGGAAACAUCAGUGUGGAGACUGUGGCAAAGCUUUCUCAGCUCUAAGGAAGCUGCACAAACACCAGGAAGCCCAUGGUAAUGGGGGCACCCAGGGACCCCGGGCUGGCCGGAAACCUUUGACCCGUUUUGCCUGUUCUCAUUGUCCAAAGGUGUGUAAGACAGCAGCUGCCCUGAGCCGCCAUGGGCAGAGGCACACUGGGGAGCAGCCAGGGGGUACCCCGACACCUGUUAUUGCCUAUUCUAAGAGCAGUGGAGGAAGUGGGACUGGGUCAGGACUGGGAUUAGGUGACAGUGGGGUAAAGGAAGAGGCCCCUCAGGAAAUGCAGGUGUCAUCAUCCAGUGGGGAAGCUGGUGGAGGAGGGGGAAUUGGUGGUGGGGGCCUUGAGGCUGCCUCUCUCCAGGAUCCUGUUAUCUCAGGAGGAGAAGAACCCCCAGGAGUGGGAGAUGGGAGCUAUCCUCCAGUGCAAGAGUUCCCCUUGGCCCUGGUUGAAGAUAAGCAGCAAGUUUCAGGUCGGGGGGAGAAGACUGGAGCUGAGGGAUUGAUUGGGGAGGGUGUAGAAGGGACUGCACCUGCCAAAGUCACUUUCUACCCUGAAUCUUACCCACUGGUAUAUGGUCCUCAACUCCUUGCUGCCUAUCCUUACAACUUCAGUAACCUUGCUGCACUCCCAGUUGCCCUCAACAUGGUUCUGCCUGAUGAGAAGGGUGGUGGUGCUCUACCCUUCCUACCUGGGGUCUUCAGCUAUGCUGUGAAUCCUCGGGCAGCACCCCCCACCCCCCCUCUUCCUCAGUCGAUGCCUUCACCAGUUCCCCCCAAGGGAGAUGGGGGUGGAGGAGGAAUUGAGAGGGCCCAGAAAGGAGAUGUAGGAUGAACUCAUUACUUGGUUAGCCCCUUCCACCAGAAACCACCCUUGCUUUCUACCUACCCUCUUUCUUUCUGCUCCUGGCCUUCUGUCCCUAGCUUGUCCCCCAAGUCCCCUGGAGAUCUCUAGUAGCCUCUGUGCUAUAACUGCUAAUAUGAGAGGAAUGCAGGGGAAAAGAUUCCUGAGAUCUCUUGGGUUGAAACUGAUUUGGGGCUUAUAGCAAUUUUCCCAUUUCAAGAAAAGUGAUGAUUGGUGAGUCUCACCACCUCUUUUCCUCUUUUCCAAAUCCUCCCCCACCCCACCUGCUUUACCAUAUCAGCCCAGGGUAGUCCCUAUGGGAAGGGUAUCUUUCAGUAUUAAUGUAGUUACCCAGCUCCCUAGCUCCUGGAGUGACAUAGAUACAUGUGUGUGUACAUAGACGUGUGUGUGUGUGCGCACACAUAUAUUCCUCCUCAGAAAUGCCACUUGUGGUUUCUAGAUCUAGGGGGGAAUACCACCUCUUACCUUGUAACCUACUUUCCCUGUACUGUUUCCUUCCUACCACUACAAAAAAAAAAAAAAAAAAAAAAAAAAAACUUUUCCCCAGCACAUUCCAUUACCUCUCCCCUCCCCACUCCAGUACAGCUGACGGGGUAGUAUGGCUCAACACCAGAACCAUUGUAAUACCCAUCAUCUACACACCUAGGGACCUUCUGAAAUAACUCCUGUGCUGCUGGGCAAUGUUUUCUCCCUAUCCAGAACAACAGUCAUGUUCUUCUGUCCCCCAACUUUAAUGUUGGUCAUUCCUAUACUCAAGUGAAAAGAAUUGGUUGCUGGUUGGGUUAUAUAGGAGGCUCUCUCUGCUCAGCCAGAUUGGGGGGAGCGGGGAAUAAUAGAAAUCACUUCCAUUUUUGGGGGGUGAUGGUUUCACCCAGAUCAGAACAAAUAUCGAAAACUAUUGGAGUAAUGUUGGGGUAUGGGAGGUACUAAAAUUUGCACAUACCCGCCUGCCCUUUCAACUCUAUUUCUCCUAAUGUUAUAUCCACAAACACUGGUAUGGAUCCAAAUGGAACUGUCUUUUAUUUCCCAGGUUGUAUAUUAAAGCACCCCCUCCAACUCCAAUAUAUGGAGAUCCCUUUCCAUCCAAAAGAGCACCUUACCCUUAAGGGAUGGGGGGAACAAGGGACCUCCAAGUAGCCCCCAAACUUCUAAUUUGCACUAGUGAUACCCCAUUGAGGGGUGCCCUAUUCCUUCUCAGUAGGGAAAAUGGGUACUAUUUCCUAAUCCCUUGAGCCCAUGAAAAAUAAUCUUCUAAAUUUCAUCUCCAUGCUAGGGAACUGGAGCUAAAACCCUCUUUCUGUUCACCUCUCAAAUUGAGCCUCCCCUGUCUUAAGAUUAGGUGAAAGAUAACUUCCCCCUACCCAUGUCUAAAUGAAAACAAAACAAGGAGAGUCAGAUAGGGGAGUAAGUUUGAUGGGUGUGAAGUAAUUUGAAAAAAGCAAAAGCUUCUUUCUACUUAAAAUGGCAAGAAUUUUUCCCAACCACCAAUAACUGAUCAGGGGUCACGAUAAUAGUGACAAUAAUAGUGAUUAUAUGAAAAUAGUGAUAAUAAUAAUAGCAUACUCAAAUGCGAAAGUCAAAAUGACUCCUAGAGGCAGGUAAAUUUGGAGUAUGGGAAUUCUUCCCCCAGUUCCCAAACUGCUUGUUAUUCCCUUACAGCAAAAUGAUCAGGGGCAUUGGGGUAGGAGAGAAGGCCUGCCUCACUCCCUUAUAUUGAAUAUCAUUCCUCUCUCUCUGCACUUUUUUUUGGUCUAGACCAAAACCCAAGAAAAGAGUUUCCUCCUGAAUGUACCAAGUCCCAAUGUUUAAGGAAAAAACAAAAAAUACAUCAAAACAUUCCCCUCUCCCCUCCCCCCAAAAGAUCUUGUUUUUGGCACUUUAGAGAAAAACUGUGGGAAACUACAUAAUAAAAUAUAUAUCUACACACAAAUAUACAUAUAAUGUGUGUGUAUAUAUAUAUAAUGUAUGUGUGUAUAAGUAUAUAUGGGAAUCACAAGAGACUGAAGAAUGCCUGGAGGCAGAGAGGAGAUGCACUAAGGGCCUCUCCCUCCCUUCUCCACUUUUAUAUUUACCCUUCUCCAGAGAAAGGAGGGGAGAAAAAAGAGAAUUCGGGACUCUUGAGAAACGAUCAGAUAAUUUUUAUUUCAAAAUAGAUUGACAUUCCAAACAGAGAUUAUGGAAGAAUUAAAAGUACAAGAAUUUAAAGGUUUGGCAAUGUUACUAUUUGAGAAAAUCCAGUUUCUAGGAUUUUGAAACUUUAACAAAGAUCAUAGGAAAUUGGAAGGGCUUUCUUUAGAAUGAGGCAUCUUGCAAUUGUGGAAAUAACAUAUUGUAAAUUUUAGAUUGAAAAUGAUUGUGAUCCCUGUUGUGCCAAGCCCUUUUAUUCCCUCACUGAGAGGGAAGCCAUUGUAAAGAGGGGGAAGGCUUUUGGAUCAGUGCUGCGAAGAGAAAGGAAAGAUUUAAGAUAAUACAAACUUUUUAGCUUUAUAUUUUUAAGGAAACAGACUUAGAAAAACUGAUUAUAUUUAUCUUUCCACAUCUGUGUGUGUCCAAUUCUCUACCUUCUAGGUGAAUAAACAGACAAAAUGGACUGUGCUCUGUA